CGUCAAACAUGCAUUGCUCUGCAUGAGAUAGUGGCGUAGUUACUUAUUUUUAAUUUUUUUAAACGAAACUUUGAUAGUCUGUUACACUGUUAAAGAGGGACAGUGUUGAUAUUGAUAUGGAAUAAGAUCAGUUGCUGAAAAAUUGUGAUUGAUUCCAUUUGGACGGCGUUGCUUUAUAAUGGUGUAAGGAUAUGUUAUCUGGAUACAAACUUUUCUUCAGCAAGUUUGGGAGAGAAAUGAAUCUCGAAAUGACGGAGGCGAAGUUCUUUCGAAUGUUGAUUUUGAUGAUAGCGAUUCAUAGUGUACACAUGCAAGACGCCGGCACUGCGGGACAGUCCUGUGUUGAUAAUUCGCAGCCGCCAUCAACUACCUACUGGACAGAUUGGUACUCAACGGAAGACUCUUUAACCGAUACCGGCGAGCAGGAAGAUUUUUUUAAGGUAUGCACAUCAAUCCAGGAGACCGAGUGCCGUGAAAGGUUCACCCAUCGUAGUCUUGACGAAACAGGCCUGUCUUUUACUAAAGGAUGUGAUAACGGCGUGCUACUCUGUGAAAACUCGGGAAGAUCUGGAACCGGUCAGGUCUGCGUCGACAUGGAGAUGAGACUAAAGUGUGCAGUCCCUGAAGAUCCGCUGCCAGAACCCGACUUUCAGUGGUCGCUGAACGAGUUGGAUAGCGGGAACACUCGGGGAGCAGUCAGACCAUGGAAAUGCUGGGACGAGCCACUUGUGCAACUUGUCACCCCUAUUAAAGGAAGCAUAUUCGGUUAUGUAGACGGGUAA